AUGGAGAUUCAAAGCCCUUUUCAAAUUAGCUGGGAUAAAACCAAUGCGCAAACAUUAUCGGAAUAUCUGUUCUCAAAAAUUCCGUCGCAUGGAAGCAAUCUUGCAAUGAUUGAUGUUGACACUGGAAAACAAUGGAGGUACUCCGAAAUAAAGAAUUGGUCUGAAAUGUGUGCAACUCGUUUAAGAGAGCUUCAAGUAAACCCUUCCAGUAGAGUGGCUGUAAUUACUGGAACCACUGGCCAAGCUAUUUUUGUCCAUUUGGCCUGCUCUAUUAUUGGAUGUUCAGCGGUUGCUGUAAAUGGACAUAGCACAGUAGACGAAAUUUGGACAUUGGUUGAUCUUUCCGAAUCAACUCAUCUUAUUGUAGAAUCUCAGUUCAUACAAAAGGCUGACGAUGUUCGUAGAAAAGCACAAAUGCGUGGUGGCGGUAGAAUCAAGCAUGUUCGACAAAUUGAAGAUGUAUUGACUGCUGAAAAAAUUUGUUUAGAUAGUGGACGAAAAAAAUCAAUUGAUAUUAAACCCAAACCUCCUUUGGUUAAAGAGCCGUCAUCAGCUAAACUGAAUAUUGGGGCAUUGCCGGAAGACCAUGUUGCCGAACUCACUUCUCCAGUAUCUGAAACUUCUGUAGUUUCCAAAAAUAAUGAAUGCAAUGGUGAUGUUGAAGGAUCAGUUCAUGAUAGUGAAGAAGCUCAAACUCCAUCACAUACAAGUCCCGCAGCCAAUCCGAUGUUGAUCUUGUUUACAAGUGGAACCACUGGAUUAGCAAAGGCCGCCGAGCUGUCACAUCGAUCAAUCAUAAUCAAUAUUCAACAACUGAGUCUGCCCCUUUAUGGUCCAGUACAGCCAAAAGAGAAAUUCUUUUUAUCCCUCUCAAUCGCUCAUAUUUUCGGCGUGUUGUCGGCUUAUUACUCGCUCGUAAAUGGUGCUACUUUGUAUCUGCUAUCGAAGCAUUCGAAUCGACUUUUUAUGGACACCCUCGUUAAUAAUCAAAUAAACGUGAUUCAUAUCAACCCGGCGACAAUUCAUUGGAUGGCUACCGACCCGAUAGUUGAUGAGUACAAAGUACCGCACCUUAGAAGUGUCGUUUGCGCAGGUGCUCCAAUUGACUCCAAUUUGGCUACAGUCGUGAAAAAUAAGCUUAAUAUUAAAGAUCUCAGACAAUGUUUUGGUAUGACUGAGCUAGGAGGAAUUGCAGCAAUGGCUCCAUAUAUGGACGACAAAAUCGAAUCGGUGGGAAGCCCUUUACCGGGAAUGCUGUUCAAGAUUAUAAAUUGGGAGACAAAACAGCAUUGUGCUCCUCGACAGCCUGGCCAAUUAGUUAUUAUGGGACCGCAAGUUAUCCCAGCGUACUACAAGAAUCCAAAAGCAACGACUGAGCUAUUCGAUGCUUCCGGGUUUGUGAGAACUGGAGAUGCCGGUUUCUACGAUGAGGUUGGCCGGAUUUACGUUUUGGAUCGCAUCAAAGACAUUAUAAAGUGUAAAGGAACUAUGAUUUGUCCGUCGGAAGUCGAGCUAGUGUUGAGAGCUUAUGCUGGGAUUGAUGAUUGUGCUGUUGUGGGUAGACAAGAUCAUGUCACCGGAGAAGUUCCCGCAGCAUUUGUGGUUAAAAAUGCGAAUCAUCCACUUCUUGCAUCAGCAGAAGUUCGGCAGUAUGUGUCUGGAAAAAUCGCGACGUUCAAAGAACUUCGCGGUGGUGUAUUUUUCAUUUCGGAAAUUCCACGAAGUUCAUGCGGCAAAAUUCUUCGCCGCAGCUUGCGUGGAUUCUGGGAUCGCGAGCGCACAAACUCCAAGGUGGAAUCUCUUGCGAGCAAAGAUGGCUCCAAAUCGGCGACGACUGGCACGAAAACCACGCCUGUGAAAAAAAUUAAUGGAACGGCGAGAAGGCCACCGUCGACCGGACGAACUGCGAGAAAAUAA